AUCCAACCAACAAUUUCUCGAACACUUCUACACCUCGACAGGCUCUUAACGCACUGGCGAUCCUCAGAAUCAGAAGAGUUUGCCAGACGCGGUUGCCGACCAUGUCUGACAAUCCCCGAACACUCAACUCCUUUACGCUCUUUCCCAAUCUUCCAUUCGAGCUUCGCUGCCUCAUAUGGGAAACGAGUUGCGAAUCGCGAACCGUCGAAAUAAGUUACGAUUCAGACGACGGAUUCUUAUCAAAUGUUAGUCCGCCAACUGCCCUCGAAGUCUGCCAGGAAUCCCGCAAUCACCUCCUCAACAACUAUCCCCUCUGCUUUGGCUCAAUAUAUCACCCUGCGAAGAUAAGAUUCAACUUUUCCAUCGAUACCCUCUACAUGGACAGUAGUUUGGAAGAGGACAUGGCGCAUGUGUUCAGCACAUUCAGAGACCGGGAGAUAUCCGGCUUGAAAUACCUGGCUCUGGACACGUACUAUGGCAAUGCUCCCACUGACGAUGAUUUCGACCCUUUCGAGGGCGUGCAGCGCGCAGUGAAGAGUCUUACUGGACUUCGGGAGAUGCUCAUUGUCUUCCAUGUGGACAACUUGUCACCGCGGAUAAUUAGCUGCGGAGGAGACCACAACCUGAGUUUGUUCGAUAAAUUGCCGUCAGAUCUCGCAGAUUCCAAGUUUGAUCUCCCCUCACUGUCGGUUCUAUCGCUUAAGGACUUCGAGGAUUGGGAAUUGCAGGUGCCAUUCCGCCCGAUUUACGGCUGGAGAAGAUGCCCGGACAAUGAUGAUAUCAUGGCAAGCCCGCGAGCAUUUUUUGGAGGCGAUUUUGACAGCGACGAUGACAGCGAUAGGGAGUGGGGUGGCAUACCUUUCCCCAUUGCACUUGGAAUGGGAAUGUUCGAUCCGGACGACGAGGAUAGCGACAUGGACGACGGUGAGGACGACGACGAGGAAGAAGACGAAACGACCGAUGACGAGAUGCCCGAUCUAGGGAGUGACUCCGAUGAUGAGAUGCCUGGUCUAGGUAGUGUCUCUGAGAGUGAAGAGGGCAGGUCGGAAGCUGCAAGCCUUGACUGAAAGGUUUCUGAAUUGUUACUUGGAUUGUAGCUAGCAACACAGAGGGCUAUCGACCACAAAGCCUACGUUCGCAUCAUUUGCCGGCCGGCAUCAGGAUUAUAACUACUAUCUAUUAGGAAAGGACCUUCUUUGUGAUCGUCAAGCAGGUCUUAUCGCGUGUUCACGAC